AUGCGUCAUCGAGUCGCGCCUCUGCUCGGGGCGGCGUCUCUGCUCGCUGUCCAGCUCGUCGCCGCCGAUCCAUACACUCCCAAACACGAGCCGGGGAGAUGCGCAUUCAGGGGCCAGUGCGGCAAGCAGAGCUUCUUCGGCAAGGAGCUGCCGUGCGUCGACAAUGGCGCCGCGACGGACCCAGACGCGGAGCUCCGGAAGGAGAUCGUCGACCUCUGCGGUAGCGAAUGGAGCGAAGGCCCGGUCUGCUGCACCAUCGAGCAGGUCAAGGCGCUCAAGUCCGAGAUGGGAACGCCAAACACCCUCAUCGGCUCGUGUCCAGCGUGCAAGCACAACUUCUUCAACCUCUUUUGCAAGUUCACCUGCUCUCCCGACCAAUCAGUCUUCAUAAAUAUCACCGAUGCCGCGUCCAAGAACGGAAAGCAGCUCGUCACGGAGCUUGACCAGCUCAUAUCCGAAGAGUACGGCACUGGCCUUUACAACAGCUGCAAGGAGGUCAAAUUCGGCGGCGCCAACAGUCGGGCCAUGGACUUGAUUGGCGGUGGUGCCAAAAACUACCACGAGAUGCUCAAGUUCCUGGGCGACAAGAAGCCUCUCGUUGGAUCGCCCUUCCAAAUCAACUUCCCCAACUCGACAAGCGACUCAAAAAUGGGUCCCUUGGAUAUGAAGCCGAAACAGUGCAAUGACGAGGACCCCGACUACCGCUGCGUCUGCGUCGACUGCCCCGAAGUCUGCCCCAAACUGCCGGCUGUGAAGCGCUCAGGCUCCUGCCGGGUGGGCGUACUACCAUGCCUGUCGUUUGCCUCCAUCUUCACCUAUGGCAUCCUGCUGCUUGCUUUCGCGGCGUUUGUCUUCGGACACGUCGCAUGGAGGAGAUAUGCGCAACAUCGUGUCGAGCGCACGAGGCUCCUCCACGAGUCAUCGCUGAGCGAUGACGAGGACGAGGGCGGUCCGGUUCUGACAGAGGCGAUGCGCGACCGUCCCACAAAGCGGUACUGGCUCAACGACCGGUGCGACAAGAUAUUUUACCAGCUUGGCCACGCCGCGGCGCGCUUCCCUGGCCUUACCAUCCUGGCAAGCUUCGUGGUGGUAGCCGUACUCAGCGCUGGAUGGUUCAGGUUCGACCUGGAAAAGGAACCAGCCCGCCUCUGGGUCAGCCCGACAUCUGCCGCUGCCCAAGAGAAGCACUACUUUGACUCGAACUUUGGGCCCUUCUACCGCGCUGAGAAAAUAUUCCUCGUCAACGACACUACGGCCGCCGGCCCCAGCCCUGUUCUGAGCUAUGACACGCUGAAAUGGUGGGCGGACGUUGAGAAGACCAUUGAGAGGAUCCAGAGUCCGACUUUCGGCGACUUCCUACAUGAUUUGUGCUUUAAGCCGGCCAAUGACGCCUGUGUUGUUCAGUCAGUCACGGGGUAUUGGUGGGCCAAAGGCGGCAUCAGCAAGAAGUCAUGGAAGCAGGACCUCCGGAGCUGUGCCAAAUCCCCAGUCGACUGCCGGCCGGAGUUUGGACAACCCAUCGAGCCCGACAUGGUCCUGGGCAGCUAUGGAGACGACGUUGCGGAUGCCCCGGCGAUCACGACCACCUGGGUCGUCAGGAACGCCGAGGAGGGCACCGCAGCUUUGGCGCGGGCCAUCGAUUGGGAGAAUGCUCUUCGGGACCGACUACUCGAGGUCCAAGAAGAAGCACAGAGCCGAGGACUUCGGCUGUCGUUCACUACGGAGAUUAGCCUUGAGCAAGAGCUGAACAAGUCGACGAACACCGAUGCCAAGAUCAUCGUGGUAAGCUACGUCGUCAUGUUCAUCUACGCCUGCAUGGCUCUGGGAACGCCGUUCAAGCAUAUUUUCAGGAAUCCUGCGCUGCUUCUCGUCGAGUCCAAGGUGACGCUGGGCCUUGUGGGAAUCAUCAUCGUGUUGAUGUCCAUUACCGCGUCCAUUGGCUUCUUUUCCUGGGUCGGACUCAAAGCCACACUCAUCAUCGUGGAGGUCAUACCCUUCAUUGUCCUAGCUGUCGGUGUCGACAACAUCUUCCUUAUAGUGCACGAGCUGGAGAGAGUCAACGUCAGCUGCCCUGACCAAAUGGUCGAGGAGCGCGUUGCUCGGGCUCUCGGUCGCAUGGGCCCAUCGAUCCUCUUUUCGGCCAUGACGGAGACGGUUGCCUUUGCCCUCGGCGCGGCUGUUGGCAUGCCUGCCGUUCGAAACUUCGCCGCGUACGCCGCCGGCGCGGUUCUCGUCAAUGCCAUUCUUCAGAUGACCAUGUUCGUCUCGUUCCUCGCGCUCAACCAAAUGCGCGUAGAGGAUCACCGUUGCGAACUUUGGCCCUUCUGGCAGGUUACCAAGGCACGGGUGCACCUCAACGGUGGAGGCGGCUUCAUUCCAGGCGGCCGUGCCUCCGACUCUGACGAGGAAAGCCUGCUGCAAGUUUUCAUCAAGAACACGUACGCCCCGAGUCUCUUCGGAAAGAAGGUCAAGCUGGGGGUUGUCACAAUCUUCUUGGGCGUCUUUGCCGCUGCUUUGGCACUGCUCCCGAGGAUUCAGCUUGGUUUGGAUCAGCGUGUAGCCAUUCCGGACGGAUCGUAUCUGAUUCCGUACUUCAACGACCUGUACGACUAUAUGGAGGUCGGGCCUCCUGUUUACUUUGUGACUCGAGGCGUGGACGCAACUCACCGGACGGAACAGCAGGAGCUGUGCUCACGCUUCACCACCUGCCAGUCGCUUUCGUUGACCAACACGCUUGAGCUCGAGAGACAGCGACCUGACGUUUCCUUCAUCUCGUCACCAACGGCGAGCUGGGUUGACGACUUCUUCCUUUGGCUCAACCCAAUAUAUGAGCGCUGCUGCAUCGAGGACGGCAAGACUUGUUUUGCAGAUCGGGAGCCAGCGUGGAACACGACGCUCUCUGGCAUGCCAGAGAACCAAGAGUUUAUCCACUACCUCGAGAAAUUCCUGGCUGCACCUGCGGAUGAUGAAUGCCCACUAGGUGGCCAGGCUGCCUACAGAGACGCCGUCGUGAUCAACGAUGCGGACAAUAGCGUCAAGGCGACCAAUUUCCGCUCUGCGCACACGCCUCUCCGGAGCCAAGACGACUUCAUCAACGCCUAUUCCUCUGCUCGCCGCAUCGCGUCCGACAUCAAGGAGCGGACCGGGGCCGAUGUAUUCCCAUAUAGCGUCUUCUACAUCUUCUUCGACCAGUAUCUCAGCAUCGUCCCGCUCACAGCAGGACUUCUCUGCGCCGCGGUCGGCAUCAUAUUUGUCGUUGCUUCCCUGCUCCUGGGGUCGGUGCUGACGUCCGCCGUCGUUGCGAUUACGGUCAUCAUGAGCGUCGUCGACAUCAUGGGGGCCAUGGCGGUGUUCAACGUCUCACUGAAUGCCGUGUCACUCGUCAACCUCAUCAUCUGCGUGGGCAUAUCAGUUGAGUUCUGUGCGCACAUUGCACGCGCCUUCAUGUUUCCGUCGCGGACGGUCAUGGAGAGCAACAAUAACGCGCUCCGCGGCCGCGACGCCCGGGCCUGGACCGCCCUCGUCAACGUUGGCGGCUCCGUCUUCUCGGGCAUCACCAUCACCAAGCUGCUCGGGGUGUGCGUCCUCGCCUUUACGCGCUCCAAGAUCUUUGAGAUUUACUACUUCCGCGUGUGGCUGGCGCUGGUCGUCUUCGCGGCGCUGCACGCCCUCGUGUUCUUGCCCGUGGCGCUGAGCAUCGCGGGCGGGAGCGGCUACGUCGACCCGGAGAGCGAGGGGACGGCGGCGCAGGAUCUGACCGAUCGCAGAUGGCGGGCCAUCCGCGUCCACGACCAUAGUGACUCGGAAGACGAGUACUAG